CCCAAAAUCGGAAAAAUCCCCUCAGAUCCCUCAUCAUCAUCGUCGUCCUCUCCAUCCUCUCUAAGAACCGCCUCGUCUUCACCAUCAUCGUCCUCUCCAUCCCUCAAAUCCCUCAUCAUCGUCGUCUCCAUCCUCUUCAUCAUCAUCGUCGUCCCCACGGCCGCUCCCUCUAGCGCCUCCACCUUCGCCGCCGACGAGAACUCCUCCGCAACCUCUGCCUCUUCCGCCUGCGACGGCGUCCACGUGCCUCUGUCUUGUCUGAGCAUGGCCCUUAACUACAUCAGAGAUAAGGAUUGGAUGUACGUGGGUCGUGCAGAACGCAUGCAAUAUAUUUUUGUUAAUGGAGUUAGUGCGUUCAUGGACUUUGUUCAUAGACACGAUAUGGUCCGACAUGGGAGACUCAUUUGUCCAUGUAAAUUAUGCGCGAAUAGGUUGUAUCAACUGGAGGAAGAAGUAGAACUUCACAUUGUGAAGAAUGGUUUUGUUAGCGAUUACAAAACUUGGGUAUAUCAUGGAGAAAUUAAAGGUCUCAUUAAUGCAGACGAAGAACAAGAAGAAGACAACUUGUUUCUCGAUGAGGAAAUGGAGGAAAUGGUUGAGGUAGCUCUUGGUAACACUAACCCUGCUGAAGAUCCUCCUUUCGGAGGAAGACAUCAUGAAGAUAAUUAUGAUAAAUACAUGAAUGAUGCUAGGAGGCAUUAUUUGGGUACCCACUCGUCAUCAGUAGAUAAGAUCACCGGAGAGUAUACAUACCCGGACAACAGCACUAAGGAGUAUUGCGAGCAGGUCAUCGAGAAGGCAACCUCAUCAGGGGUCGGUUCAACCCCAGAGGACGAUGCACUUUCCUUCACCCAGAUGUUAGAUUCCUUGCACGGAGGGCAUCACGGUGGUUAUGAAAGAGCCAUGGGCAUUGGUGUCACUCGGUCUUAUUUAAGGGCCUCCUCUAUACCAGAAAUCGGCACUUCUAAUCAGGAGCUACGUCGUGAGGUUGCUAAUCUUAGAGCUCGGGUAGCUGAGAUGGACAGUCUCAGGGAGGAGCUUAGGUCUCAGAUGCAUUGGAUUAAUAACAAUAUGGUUAAUUAUUCGGGUGCUUGUCCUGCUCCCACUCCUAACGAUACACCAUCCUUUACUCGGCCUGGUCUAAUUCCUCAGCCCGCUGCCGAUAUACGACAUUCUGCUCGUCCUGCUUCAGCUACUAACACUUCUACUUCCAGUGCUCAAGGUUUAUCACAGGAGAAUCUUGUUAGAAUAUUUGCAAACUUGAGGCGUUCGGGUUUGUCCCAUGAGGACAUUCUUCGUGGAAUUUCUUCUGUUCCUUGACUGGAUUGAUUAGACCACUUCUAAUUUUAUUUUGGACAUUUGAGGCAUUUUGGAUGUUAGAGACACAUAUAUAAUAUUAGAUGUUUUUCAUUGUGAGAUAUUGAGUAAUCAUUGCGUAUGUAUAUGUUGUCUCUAAUAUUGAAUAUUGAGUAAUUAUUGAGUAAUCAGUGGAUACUUAGCAUCGUUUGAGA